CUUCCAUUCUUCUAAACAAUACACUUUACUCAUCUCAUCCCUCUCGACCGCCCAAAACCCCCCACUUCCACUUCUCUAUCUUCUCGUCUUUUCCCCCAAAUUACCAUGCCUGCUCACACCUCAUCACUCUCUGGCCAUGGCCAAACCGUCUGCGUCACCGGAGCCGGUGGCUUCAUUGCUUCUUGGAUCGUUAAGUUGCUUCUUCAAAGAGGUUACACCGUUAAAGGAACUAUGCGGAACCCUGAUGAUCCCAAGAAUUCUCAUUUGAGAGAGCUUGAAGGUGCCAAGGAGAGAUUAAGUCUGUGCAGAGCUGAUCUUCUUGAUUAUGAAAGUCUUCGAGAGGCCAUUACUGGAUGUGAUGGAGUUUUCCACACUGCGUCUCCUCUCACUAAUGAUCCUGAACAAAUGCUGGAGCCAGCCGUGAAUGGGACCAAAAAUGUGAUGAUAGCAGCCGCAGAAGCCAAAGUCCGGCGAGUGGUUUUCACAUCUACCAUCGGAACGGUUUAUAUGAAUCCCAAUAGGAAUCCAGAUGAUGUUGUCGAUGAAUCUUGCUGGAGUGACCUCGACUUUUGCAAGAAUACUCAGAACUGGUACUGCUACGCGAAGACAGUGGCGGAGCAGGCAGCAUGGGAGUUGGCCAAGGAGAAAGGGGUGGACCUAGUAGUGCUGAACCCAGUAGUGGUGCUUGGACCAUUGUUGCAGUCCACUAUAAAUGCUAGUAGCAUUCACAUCCUUAAGUACCUAACUGGCUCAGCCAAGACCUAUGUCAAUGCUGUUCAAGGCUAUGUGCAUGUUAAGAACGUGGCACAUGCCCAUAUUCUUAUCUAUGAAACGCCCUCUGCCUCCGGGCGAUACAUUUGUGGUGAGAGCGUCCUCCACCGCGGCGAAGUGGUGGAAAUGCUUGCUAAGUUCUUCCCAGAGUAUCCAAUCCCCACGAGGUGUUCAGAUGAGAAGAACCCAAGAGCAAAACCACACAAAUUCUCAAGCAAAAAGCUCAAGGACCUUGGACUGGAAUUGAUCCCAGUGAAGCAAUGCCUCUAUGAAACAGUUAAGAGUUUGCAGGAGAAAGGUCAUCUUCCAAUCCACAAACACCCACAGAACUCCUUUACAAUUUAAUCCUAAAACCUCACUAAAAAACAUUAAUUAAUUAGAUAUAUAACUAAAUUGAAAUUACUAAAAAAUAUAAACUUUUUCUUCCUGUUUUCUGAUGAAAUUCUCCAUGUUCAACCAUCCUUUAAAUGUCCACGUGUUCUGAUUAUGUAUUCUAAUGAACUUGUUUGAUUCCCAGCU